GGAAGGCGUCGCUGGCAGUUGCUCUCCGUCCUCCGACUGGCGAGGAGCUCUUGACUCUCAUCGCGAGAAUGGUGAAGUGAAUGAAUCGCGUUACUCUCAUACAAAAAAAAAAAAACUCAUUUUUCCCUCGAUGGUGAUCACCAUAUUUACUAAUGUGAACUAUCGCUGUAUCCGCUCGCCAAUAAUGGAAAAAGGAAAUAUUUAUUAUUAACUGUGUUUUGUAAGAUCUUAACUUUUGAGUGGGAGACUUCAAACUUUUCCUUGUUGACUUACAAACUUUUUUGUUUUUGCUUUAUUUUUUCAAGUUUUGAAAAGAAGUUGUAUUCAUGAGAGUCAGGCUCUUGGAAGCACGUACUUUUCAUUGCAAUUAUUGUGCAAGGCAAAACUUAGGACAAAACAAAGUGUAAAAUGAACUUUGAGUGAAUAAACGUGCCCUUGGUAUAAACAUUCAAGACACUGAAAAAAUUAUUCAAAACUGACUGAACUUGGAGUAAACUUUGCCUAUGACGAUAUUGUUAAAGGAAAAUAUGGCUGGUCUUAUGAAGGAACAAUUAUAAAAAGAAAAAAAAAACUACAAAGAAGUAGAAUAAACUUAGCAUUGUGUGCUUGCUUCUAGCUGUGAGAUUUCCACUCUGUGCCAUGGCCAUCAGCGAGGGGUACCCCCCUCCCAAUCAGCGAGGACUCACACGCCGCGGAACAAGUAUCACACGUGUUUCCCCUCGAACACGUGAAGCCCGCGCUCCAAUUUUCCCGCCACCUGGGGUUCCAGCACGUGCAUUUUUCGGCUCACGUGCCGCGUACGCGCCCCCCUCCCGCGGAAGGGCGGCCAGUUUUCGUAACUUCUCCUUCGGAGUCUCCCUCUGCAUAGGGGUUUUUCUCUUCACCUUGAAUAAUGGAGCAGUGGCUUUGGGACGCGGCAGCCAGGGACCGUCCUUCCGCACGGAGCCCCCAAGAGUCGUCCAUUUCACCAACUCCACCGGGGCCAUCGUAGAUUGCUUGGCAGAGGGCACGCCGACACCUGCCAUCACCUGGACCAAUCAGGAGGGCAGAGUUGUAGAGCAGGUCCCUGGUCUGAGAGAGGCCCUUGUCAACGGCUCCCUGUAUUUCCCACCAUUCCCAGCCAGUCAAUACAACCAACAAGUCCACAGCAUUACUUACAUGUGCAGAGCCACGUCUCCUGCGGGUACUCUGUUGGCCCUGCCCACGCAAGUCAGAGAGGAGGUGGGUAAUUGUUGUCCAAAUUUCUUUGCCGAUUAA